UAGGCGUUUGCACUGACUGGAAACGAGAGAUCGGUUCAAACCGUUUUUAGUCACUGUCUAAGACUGGUGUGUUUCUCUCUGUUACGUCAACAUUUUAUACAUUUAAUACCGGCUCAAUAUUUUAUCUCAAUUGUCAUCGAGUUUUUCUAUUUUUUUUUUUUUUUAUAAAUAAUAAUAUAAAGUUUAUUUUUCAAAUUUUAAAAUAACAAAUACAAGUGAUUUCUAUACGAGAGGAUAUAUAUUUAAUCAAGUGAAGUUGAAGGACAUCAAUUGUGUCUAAUAAUUGUGAAAAUUAAAAAAAAAAAAAAAACCAGGAUAUUCAUUAUUAAUUAUUAGUUUUAUGACAAUUUUUUUUUAUGUCUAAUUAAUUGGCGUUUAAUCAUGAAACACGGUGUUGUAAUAAUUUAAUUUAAUUUUUAUUUAUUUAUGAUUUAUAUUAACAAGUGAAAAAAAAAAAAAUUGUUAAUGUGUUUAGUAUAUAAUGUGGGUAUACCGGUUUUUCCAUAUGGAUCAAUAGUGUUAAAUUGAAAAAAGUGUUUACUCGAUAAUUACAUCUAGACUAAGUUAAUAAUAUAAAUUUAUAAAAAAAAAAAAAGCAUAAACAAUGCAUAUAGAAUAAUCAAGCGACGGUAUUUUAAUCCAGUUGAAAAAAUAAAUAAAUUAAAGAAAAAUAAAAAAAAAAUAUCUAUAUGACACUUGUGAGUAUAAGUAAUAUUUAUAAUCAAUUACCAGAAUUUGGUAUUGGUAUGUGUACAACUGAAAUGACUGAAGGCUAUACAAUGUCACCAUCAACAGCCUCAUCAAGUGGUACAAUUAUUGGCUGUAUUGGAUCACCAUCAAUACGUAUGACACCAUCAAGAAAUUCACCAGGUCGUGCACGUGAAACACGUGAUGACAAUGACGAUGAUGAUGAUGAUGAUGGUGAAAUAUCAGUUGGUUGUCCAAGUCCAUUACCACUUGUUGUCUCAACUAGUCCUCAACAAAUUAAUCAUAGUAAUAAUAAUAAUAGCAGUACUAAUAAUAAUAAUAAUAAUAACAUUAAUAAUAAUAGUAUAAAUAAUGGUGAAAAUAAUGAUGAUGAUGAAGAUGAGGAAGAUGACGUUGACGAUGAUGAAAGAAUUUGUUUAUCAAGAGAUGAGUGUAGUGAAAGACUUAGUCAAAAAAGUUACAAUGAUGAUGAUGAAAGAUAUUCAAGAGAUGAUGAAUAUGUUAAUAGAAGAAUACGUAGACGUAGUGAAAUGACAAAUUUAUGUGAUGAUGAUGAUGACAAUAAUGAUGAUGAUGAUGAUAAUUCUACUGAUGACAAUAACUCAAGAAAAAAAAAAUGUGGUGAUGAUUAUUUUAAACCAUUAAAAAAAUUAAAAAUGGCACCAAUACAACAAUCAGAUAAUAAUAAAGAUGAUAGAGAACGUGAUAUAAAUGUUGAACGUGGUGUUAAAUCAUUUGAUAUUAGUGAAUUAUUAUCACACAGACCAAAAGCUAACAAUAAAAUUGUACGUCCAUGGGAUACUGUUGAAACAACACACAAUCAAAGACAUAAUAGUAUUAAUAAUAAUCAGCUGCAACAUCAACAUCAUCACCAUCAUCAACAACAACAUCAUAUACAUCAUACAUCACCACAUUCAACACCAAGAGAUUUAUCAUUAAUGGGUAUGUCACUGGCAUCAAUGUCAGGAUCAAUGAGUGAACCACCAUUAAGUAGUUCAUCAUCAUCUGGAAGAAGUUCUGUAUCUGAUUCUGGUAGUCCAGAUCCACUUGGUCAUCAUCAUCAUUUACAUCUUCAUCAUCAACAACAACAACAACAACAUCAUACGUCAUUACAUCAUGGUUUACAUCAUGGUAUUCAUCAUCCAGCAAUGCAACAACAAUUUAAACGUAAAUCAUCAUCAUCACAACAACAUAAUCAUCAAAAUAGUCAAAAUGGAAAAAGAAGUACAGGUCAAGGAAGUCCUCUUGAUGCACUAUUGCACAUGACAAGCAAAACCUUCGAUGCUGGUGAACACAGUCAAGAACAAGCAAAUCAUCUUAAUUUAUUCAACAAUCGUCAACAGCCAAAAAAAAAACGUAAAAGCCGUACAGCAUUUACAAAUCAACAAAUAUUUGAAUUAGAAAAACGUUUUUUGUAUCAAAAAUAUUUAAGUCCAGCUGAUCGUGAUGAAAUUGCAGCACAAUUGGGUCUCAGUAAUGCACAAGUGAUAACAUGGUUUCAAAAUAGAAGAGCAAAACUUAAAAGAGAUAUGGAAGAAUUAAAAAAAGAUGUACAAACUGUUAAUCCCCUGCUUGUUGCACAACAUCAUAAAACAUUUUUAGAAAAUGUACAAGAUCUUGGUAUUUUAAAAAAACGACCAUUGCCAAACUCUAUGGAUGAUAAAUCGUAAAUUAAAAAUUAAAAACAAAAAAUAUUCAAAAAUAAAUUAAUAUAAAUAAAUAAAUAAUAUUUCAAUCGUUUUGUAAUUUUUUUUUUUACAAAACGAUUGAAUAGUGAUGUUAAAAUAGAUGGAUAAAAUUUCCAAGUGACAAUUUUUUAUUAAAAUAAUAUUUAAAAUGUAUUGUUUUUUAAUUUUUAAAUUUGGAUUUAAAUAACAACAAACGAAUCAUGUCACAUAAUAAAGUCUGCACAGUCGGCUGCGCCGUUGCAGCGAGACUUAAUUAUUAUUAAAAAUUGAGGGGAUUAAAAUUUGUAUUAUAGCGUAUUUAUUAAAAAUGAAAAUAUAAUAUUUAAGGGUAUAUAACGCUACCAUAUUUUGUUUUAAAACAAUUAUUAAAUUAUUAUUAUCUUUAAUGUAGAAAAUUUAAAAUAAUAUAUAUAUUAAAAGACUAAUGUAAAUAACCUGUAAAUAAUCUAUUGCAAAAAAAAAAAAAUUAAUUAAUUAGAAUAAUAAUAACAACAACUUGUCGACAAAAUAUAUAGUAAAAAUAAAAUUUAAAAAAAAAUUCCAGUAAAUGUAUAUGUAAAAUUAAAAUAAAAAAAGAAAAGUAAAUAAUUUUUUUUCGUCAUUCAUAUUAUAUAGAAUAUAAAUUAAUGAUAAUAUUAAAAAAAAAAAAUUAAUAGACGGGACACUGCGCAAUUUAUCCUAAUUGUCAGUUUUAUAAUUAGAAAAAUAAAAAUAUUUUUUUUUUGUUUUUAUAAAUAAAAAAAAUGAUGAUGAUGAUGAAUUUUAGUGAUUUAUUUUUAUUGUAUUGCAAAAAUAUACGACCUGUCGGUAAAUGUACGAAAAGACUUUAUAUAGAAUUGUGUAAAAUAGUGAUGAAAAAAAAAAAAAUAAAUAAAGAAAAAACUUAUA